AUGUCGGCUGAUGAAAAGAUCCGCGUCUCGGGCGAGACGCCUCGCUCCGCCACUCCCGUUCUUCCCACUGUCAACCCCGGCCUCGAGAAGCAUCAUUCUCUCGGAUCGAUCUUUUCCUCAGUUAUUCUGUUCAACAAAUGGCUUCUCGACACCCUCAACUUCCGCUACCCCGUCAUCCUCACCACCUACCACUUGACCUUUGCGACCGUCGUCACCCAGAUCCUCGCCCGAUGGACUCAUUUCCUUGAUGGCCGAAAGACCGUCAAGAUGACGCCUCGCGUCUACAUGCGCGCCGUCGUCCCCAUUGGUGUCUUUUUCAGUUUGAGUCUGAUCUGCGGAAACCUGACAUACCUCUACCUCUCGGUCGCCUUCAUCCAGAUGCUCAAGGCCACCACUCCCGUUGCUGUCCUCAUCUCUGGCUGGGUCCUCGGCGUUUCCGCCCCCAACCUGAAGCAGUUCCUCAACGUCUCGGCCAUUGUUGUCGGUGUCAUCAUUGCGUCCUUUGGCGAAAUCCACUUCGUGACCAUUGGUGUUUUGUACCAGAUUGGUGGUAUCAUCUUUGAGGCUCUCCGACUCACCAUGGUCCAGCGCCUGCUGAGCUCCGCUGACUUCAAGAUGGACCCCCUGGUCUCUCUGUACUACUUCGCUCCCAUCUGCGUUAUCAUGAACGGUGCUGUUGCCCUGGUUUGGGAGAUUCCUAGGUGCUCCAUGGCCGAGGUCUACAACGUCGGUCUCUUCACCUUCUUCCUGAACGGUCUCUGCGCCUUCAUGCUGAACGUGUCUGUCGUCUUCCUGAUUGGUAAGACCUCCGCCGUCGUCCUGACCCUCUGCGGUGUCCUCAAGGAUAUCCUGCUCGUUGCUGCCUCCAUGAUGAUCUGGGGCACCCAGGUUACUGGUCUCCAGUUCUUCGGUUACUCCAUUGCUCUAGGUGGCAUGGUCUACUACAAGCUCGGCUACGAGCAGAUCAAGGCUCACGUUGCUGAUGCCAACCGACAGUGGGCCGAGUUUGGUGCUCGCAAGCCCAUCCUCCGCAAGCUCACUAUCAUCAUCUUCACCGGCUUCCUCAUCUUCGCCCUGUUCGGUGGUCUUGCCCCUGGCUACACCCCCGAGUAUGACCCCACCAGGCUGGCUAACGAGGUGACGAACCGUUUCGGAAUGAACGAGGCCCAACGGUCUUAG